CUAUCGACCAGAAGUUUUCUCUCCUGGAUCAUGAUCGAUCAGAACAAAGAGGAAGUUUGUGAAAGUUAUGUUACUGUACCUGAGAUCACCUGAGGGGGGAGGGGUCAGUCUCACGUCUGGACGCACAGGAUCAACAUGGCGGCUCACAGAGGUACCGGGUUCUUCUGGAUCCUCCUGAGCCGCUGCAGGACCCCGGGUCUCGGCCGGUCCACGACCCCGGUGCUGCGGCCCCUGUCCUCCCAGCCUCCUCCUCCGCCUCCAGCGGGCACCUGGACCUCCAGGCUGUCCCGGUUGUCCCACCAGGAUCUGUACCGGCUCUCGCUCACGGAUCCGGAUCAGUUCUGGGGAUCGGCCGCCGCCGACAGGCUCCGCUGGGUGGAACCGUUCCACCAGGUCCAGGACUGCGACCUGAGCAGCGGCAAGAUCCGCUGGUUCCUGGGAGGAAAGAUCAACGUGUCCGUGAACUGUCUGGACGUCCAUGUUGAGAAACAUCCGGACCGAGUGGCUCUGAUCUGGGAGCGAGACGAGCCUGGUACGGAGGUGAAGGUCUCCUACAGGGAGCUGCUGGAGACAACAUGCCGCCUCGCCAACACCCUGAAGAGCCAUGGGAUCCAGAAGGGGGACAGGGUGGCCAUCUACAUGCCAGUGUCCCCACUGGCGGUGGCGGCCAUGUUGGCGUGCGCUCGUAUCGGUGCGGUGCACGCGGUGGUGUUCGCUGGCUUCAGCUCGGAGGCUCUGGCAGGAAGGAUCCAGGACGCUCAGUGCAGGGCCGUGCUCACCUGUAACCAGGCCGUGAGAGGAGGACGAGUCAUCGAGCUCAAGUCGACCGUGGACGCAGCGGUGAAGAUCUGUCCGUCUGUCCAACACGUGUUCGUCUCUCAGAGGACACAACAACCUGCAGUGAUGGGAGAGCUGGACGUCCCCCUGGAGGAGGUCAUGUCCCGUCAACCCUCAGUUUGUCCUGCGGAGCCUCUGGAAUCUGAGGACUUCCUGUUUCUCCUCUACACAUCAGGAAGUACAGGGAAACCUAAAGGAAUCGUCCACUCACAGGCUGGAUACCUGCUGUACACCUCGCUCACACACGAGUACGUGUUCGAUCACCAGGAUGGAGACGUGUUCGGCUGCGUGGCCGACAUCGGCUGGAUCACGGGUCACAGCUACGUGGUGUACGGACCUCUGUGCAACGGAGCCACCACCGUCCUGUUCGAGAGCUCGCCCGUUUACCCAGACCCAGGCAGGUACUGGGAGACGGUGCAGCGUCUGAGCAUCACUCAGUUCUACGCGGCGCCCACCGCCCUGCGGCUGCUGCUCAAGUACGACGACAGCUGGGUGAAGAAGUACGACCGCUCGUCACUGAGGACGCUGGGGUCAGUGGGAGAACCCAUCAACCACGAGGCCUGGCACUGGUUCCACAGUGUGGUGGGUGACGGACGGUGUCCUGUAGUGGACACCUGGUGGCAGACAGAAACCGGAGGAAUCUGCAUUGCCCCUCGUCCUGCGGAGGACGGAGCGUCCAUCGUCCCUGCGAUGGCCAUGAGGCCGUUCUUCGGCAUCGAGCCGGUUCUCAUGGGAGAGAAGGGUGAAGAAGUGGGCGGAGCCUCGGUUUCCGGCGCCCUGUGCAUCCGUCAGCCGUGGCCCGGUUUAGCUCGCAGCGUCUUCAGAGAUCAUCAGAGAUUCGUCGACUCCUAUUUCAAACCGUUUCCUGGUUGUUACUUCACGGGCGACGGGGCGUGCCGUUCCGAGGACGGUCACUACCAGAUCACCGGUCGCAUGGAUGAUGUCAUCAACGUCAGCGGACAUCGUCUGGGCACUGCGGAGAUCGAAGACGCUCUGGACGAACAUCCAGCUGUUCCAGAAACUGCUGUGGUUGGAAUCCCACAUGACAUCAAAGGAGAAGUGCCCUUUGCCUUCGUGGUGGUGAAGCAGGACCCUGACGACCCCGUCCUCCUCCUGCAGCAGCUCAGAAACCUCGUCGCCACUAAGAUUGCGAAGUACGCAGUCCCCGCCCACUUCCUGGUGGUGAAGCGGUUACCGAAGACACGCUCCGGUAAAAUCUUGAGGCGCAUCCUGAGGAAGGUUGCCAUGGAGACGACCGGCGACCUCGGCGACGUGUCGACUCUGGACGACCCGUCCGUCGUCAAGGAGAUCGUCGAGGCGCACAAGCUGUACCGGAAGCAGAGGAGUCAGGAGGAGGGGGGAGGGGCCUAAAAACUUUAUGAAUCAUAAAUUGGUCAUAAGUUUUGAUUUUAAUUUAGCAAUAAACGACAGUAAAUAAUCUGCACUUUGUUUCACGUGUCACUUUGAGUUGAUCAAUAUUAAUAUGUGACUGAAUAUUAAUAAUAAGAACCUGUCUGAUUCAUUCAGAUGAUUUUGUUUGAUCAGAAUAAAAAUAUUUUACAUCAUGA